AUGCCAGUUCUGGACCGAGAGCCCUCCAAAGAUUCCGGGGGAGACGAUGGCCUGCCGAAGCUGCCGCUCCCCCCCCUGAAAGACACGCUGGACACGUAUCUGAGCUGCAUGAAGCACCUGCUCACAGAGGAGCAGUUUAAUAAGACCAAGGACACAGUGAAGGAGUUUGGGGCCCCUGGAGGAGUGGGAGACCUACUGCAGAGCAAACUGGAGGAGAGGAGGUUAAAAGAGGCCAACUGGGUGUACGACUUCUGGCUGAGUGACAUGUACCUGAACAACAGAAUGGCUCUGCCCGUCAACUCCAGCCCUGCUAUGGUCUUCCCCCUGCAGAACUUCAAGGCUCCCAUCGACUCUUUGAGGUUUGCCGCACACUUACUUUCGGGUGUUUUGGAAUACAAAACGCUUCUAGAUGCACGUGCCCUGCCUGUGGACUACGCCCGGGGCCAGCUGGCUGGAACCCCAAUGUGUAUGGAGCAGUACUAUCGCCUCUUUACUUCCUACCGCCUACCGGGACCUGAGAGGGACACACUAGUGGCCCAGGAAAGCUGCGUGAUGCCAGAACCUGAACACGUCAUUGUGGCUUGUAAAAAACAGUUCUUCGUCCUGGAUGUGGUGAUCAACUUCCGCCGCCUGAAUGAAAGAGAUCUGUUGACCCAGCUGGACAAAAUUGUCAAGAUGGCCGACAGUGGAGAGGAGCAGCUCCCACCCAUCGGUCUCCUCACCUCAGAUGGACGCACAGAGUGGGCAGAAUCUCGCAGAGUGUUAAUGAGAGAGUCAACAAACAGGGAUUCUCUGGACAUGAUCGAGCGUUGCCUGUGUUUGCUUUGUCUGGACGACGCCAGCGGCCCCGAGCUGAGCGACACCACACGUGCCAUGUGGAUGCUGCACGGAGGAGGCGUGGCCAAGAAUGGUGGCAACCGCUGGUACGACAAACCAAUGCAGUUUGUUGUAGGAGCUGACGGCUGCUGUGGAGUCGUGUGUGAGCACUCACCAUUCGAGGGAAUCGUCCUGGUCCAGUGCACAGAGUACCUACUCAAAUACAUGAUUGGCAGCCCAUCCAAGCUGCUCCGAGCUGCGAGUGUGAGCGAGCUGCCUGCACCGCGCAGACUCCGCUGGAAAUGUACUCCAGAGGUGCACAAGCUGCUCACCUCCUCCGCUGACAAGCUGCAAAGGCUGUUGAGAAAUCUGGACAUGAAUGUGCACAAAUUCGAGGAACACGGGAAAGAGUUCAUCAAGAAGCAGAAAAUAAGCCCAGAUGCCUACAUUCAGGUGGCGAUUCAGUUGGCGUACUACCGAUGUCAUCGCAGACCAGUGUCGACGUACGAGAGCGCCUCCAUACGUCGCUUUCAGCAGGGCAGAGUUGACAACAUCCGCUCAGCCACUCCCAAAGCCCUGGCCUUCGCCAAAGCAAUGACUGAUGGGAUGCAGAGCACAAGCGAUACAGAAAAGAUGGAGAUGUUACGAGGAGCCAUAGCUGCACAGACAAAUUACACGAUUCGGUCUAUCACAGGGUUGGCAAUAGACAAUCACCUACUAGGACUGCGUGAAAUUGCACAUGAGCUGAGGAUGGAGAAGCCGGAGAUUUUUAAAGACGAAGCCUAUCUCAUCAGUAACCAGUUCAUUCUCUCCACAAGUCAGGUCCCGACUACUGUAGAGAUGUUCUGCUGCUACGGACCCGUGGUCCCAAACGGAUAUGGAGUGUGCUACAAUCCUCAGUCAGACCACAUCAUCUUCUCAGUGUCCAGUUUCCGCGAGAGCCCACAGACAUGCUCAGCAGAGUUUGUCAAGUGUUUGGUGCAGGGACUGUUGGACAUGAGGGACCUGUGCAAUAAAUGCAACUGCGUCUCCACCCCAACCAAGCAGAGGAAGGAGCAGACGCUGGAGACGCACACGCAAACGGAAACAAACUGGCAAAGCAAAACACAGCAGAGACCGUGUGAGUCGUCCAAGAACCAACAAGCGCCGCCACAGGUUCUGGUGAAGAAGCCGGACCAGACUCAAGUGGAGGCUCAAACCCAGACCUGA